GAUGAGAUGGUUCAAGCCAUUCGAUCCCUGUCCAGCCCUUUGACGAGCUCGAUGGUCUCGGAGCGCUCCGUUCUUUCCGGGCAAGCCAUAGAGCUGGUGGAAACACUGGCAUCGAAUAUGGGCUCAACAUUUAUCCCUCUGAUUCCUAUAUUCCUUCCCGUCCUUUUGAAUCUGUGCGCACGGCCGAACAAGCUCUUUGUCACCCGAGCCCGGUCGUGCAUCAUUGCUAUCGUGGAAGAGACCCAAUCACCAUUGAUUCUCACCUUCUUGGUGGCAUCUUUAAGGGAUAAAGCCGUUUCCGUCCGGCUAUCCUCCCUAGAAGCCGUCUUCGCCUGCGUCAAUACGCUCAGUCCUUCAGAACUUUGUAGGGAUGCUCGAGCACGAGAAGUGGAGACGGCCAUCAGGCUGACAGCCAAGGAUUGCAAUGCGGAUGUGAGAAAAAUUAGUCGAAAGGUUUUCGAAGCCUACGGAGUUGUACUACCGGAUCGUGUCCCAAGGUAUGUUUAUCAUCCCUGUUCUCGCCCUACACGUCUUGAACUUGGGUCAGUUUCGUAG